UUUUUUUUUUACCAAUAAACCUUAUCACUUUUACGACCUAUAUCCUUAACUCAUAUCUUAAGCAAUAAUACACCAUGCAGAACGCUGAUAUUGAAAUAAUCACCGUCACCAAUGCAAAAGAGCUGGAUACCAUGUUCACAAAGAUGAUCACACUUUUCAAAGACAAAGAAACAGAACAUAACUGGGAAACACGACAUAAAGAUAUUAUUCGACUUCGUGGAUUAAUACGUGGGAAUGGACCUGAAAAAUUUCUUGAUAUUAUUGUAAACGGAAUAAGACUGAUGGUAGAUGGUAUCACUAAAUCUACAGAAAGUCUUCGUACAACACUUGUAUUGGAUGCGUUACAUUUAGUGGCAGAUAUAGGAACGUAUUUACCGCGAUCAUUGGAUGCAUAUAUGUAUGAUCAAUUCCUAAAUAGUCUGAUCCGAGCCACAAGUGUCGCCAAGAGGAUCGUCGCAUUUCAAGCUAAAGAUUCUAUGAUUGAGUUUUUACUUCAUGCCAAUUAUUAUCCUAAAACACCACAUCUGUUCUGGUUAGCUAUGAAUGAAAAAAAUAAUCAAGUACGCCACUUUGUUGUAUUGUAUGUCAAGGCUAUGUUACAAGCACAUGCUUCAAAAGAACAGGUACGCCAUAGUAUGGAUCGUUCGGGAGGUACAGAUCUCAUUGGUAAAAUCAUGGAAAAAGGUUUGGUUGAUGCUGCACCCAUCGUACGAGAAACCUGUCGUGAACCAUUUUGGUUCUUUUGGCAUUUUUGGCAAGAUCGUGGUGACGCCUUACUCCGUCAAUUAUCUCCGUCUAUUCGAAAACCAUUGGAAAAAUCAAAAUCAUCUGCUUUGGCUGCGCUUACUGCUCCUUCUUCCACAAUUCACAGUCCAUCUCAAUCCAUAAAUUCUAUGAACCAUCAACACCAUUCUGUUUCUCCAUCUUCAUCUAAUACGUCUACAGGCUCAUUGGAGUCAUCUUUACCAGCAAAAUCAAGACAUAUCAGUUCCAAUUAUCAGAUCAAUAACAGUAAUGUAACAUCAGGUUUACAAAAACGAUCCAUGUCUCCUUCAUUAAGAAGCACAUCACCACUCGUAUUCCGUCAUCCUACCACCACUACACCGAUUUCUAGUACCGCGUUGCCUCAUCCUUCUUCAAAUCAUCUUGGUCAUUCUCCAGCAACCACAACGACGACAACGACAACAACGCAAUUACGGAAGUCCCGUGUCCCAGGGUUAUCACGGAAAAAGUCUAUGCUCAGUGUGAAAAGAAAUCAAAGUAUUUUGACCUUGCUUCAACAGGAUGAUCUGGCGUUACGUGUAGAAGGAUUACAGGCUUUGGCUCGGAAAUUGACACCGUAUACAGAUUAUCCAGUUGAGUUGGCUACAAUUCAAGUGGAUGUAGGUGGAGGUGCUAAUGCAUAUAUGGUCGAUGGAGCCACAUUUCAGUCUGUUAUAUUGACUUUACUUGCAUCUUCUUCGACAAAUGUCAAAUUAUAUGAAGCAUUAUCAACCUGGGAUAGUGUAUUGGGAAUCAUGUUGAAAUUAGUUCCUUUUGAUGAUUAUCUUCCAAAAAUCAUGUUAGAUUGUGCUGUCGAACAACAACAACAGCCACAACAAAGUGUACUAUUGGCUCAGAAAAAGGAUGAUGAUUGGAUUAGAUAUACAAGUGCAUCAAGGGCAUGGGCUAGGAGUAAAUGGUAUCUAAAACGUCAUGAUCCUGAUUUGGCCGACAAAAUCUAUAACGGACUGGCAGCUCUUGAUGGAUCUCAGCAUUAUUCUCAUCAUAGCACUACGAUGAUCAGAAAAAAACAAACCCUACGACCUUUAGAAAGAAGAAAACUAACAAGACAAUGGUUGGUAUGGAUGGAUGAACUUGUCUUGAGCGUGAUUGGAUUGGACAAUGAAGACGAAGAUGGAAAUAGUGGCGAUAAUCCAUGGUUAUCCGAAGAGAAUGAAGAUCCUGUUCUCAUUCGACAUGGUCUUGGCAAAGCUUAUUGGCAACGUCAACGUGAUCAGGAACAACAAAGUAACGAAAAUAAUACGAAUAUUGGUGAUACGAAUGAAAUCAACCAUCAUCAUCAUCUCAACAGUAAUAACGAUAGUAAAAACGUAGCCUCUUCUUGGUUUGAAUCAGAUGCCAAUGUUCGACAAUGUUUACAUUUAUUAUUACCUCUAUUAUCAACCUCAGCACCUGGCUCUCUUUGGCAUGAUCCUUUGGUGACUUUGGUAGGGCAUUUGAGACUUGUCAAUCAAAAAUUAUUUGAUAUGUUGGUUGGGACAUUGGAUGAAGCUGCCGCCUCCAAAAUUAGUCGAGUACUUGGUAUUCAUCUACGUGUUGUCUUUACACCACCUACAGCAACCGUUCUAUCACCUCCACGCACUAGCGACAUCAAUGAUGAUGGUGUUAUGAAUGUUGAUGAAAUGGAAGGUCCUACGUUGGAUAAUAAAGACGUUGAUGACGAUAAAGAUUCCAACGAACAAUCAUUUUUAUCACAGGUAGAAAAGUCAACACUUGAAAGAGAAGAAGUUAGUCUGAUAAACCAACCAGCACCUAAGGAAUUGGAACACAAGACUGAAGAACAAAACGGAAACAAUGAGAUCAUUGAUGACGGUACCGUAUUACCCACUGUUUCUUCUUCUUCUUCUUCCUCCUUAUUACAGCAAGAUGUCCCUAAAGCUGAACAUAUGAAUGAAGAACCAAUAUCAAAUAGACAAGAGUCUACCGCAUGUACUACGCUAUUGGCAACUUCACUCAUAGGAGAGGCAGACGGGACUUUGACUCCUUCAACAUCUCCUCCGCCACCCGCAACGACAAAUACGAUAUCCACAUCUACAGUUACUGAGUUCAAUGAUAAUAAUGAUAAUGAUAAUGAUUCUUUGACUGCUCUUCGUAUUCCAUCACCAAUACCCACUUCAAUUCCGCUAGCAUCUACCCAAGCUAAAGAGGCUGAAGCCAAACAAGAAGCAUCUGCUUCUGAUGAUUAUGAUCAUGUUCCUUCAUUUGACACUCCUGUAACACCAGAUCCGACCACAACAUCCUUACCAAACGAAGGACAGGAAGAUCAAAGUAAGAAAGGUGGAGAAAAUGAUAGCAAUGACAGCAUGCCUACACAUGUCCCAUACUUUGCUCCCAGUGUAAUCAGUAAUGAUGUGUUACCAGUGUUUGACAACAAUCAUCGCAGUGAAGGAAAUGCCAAAGAUAAAUCAGCAUUACUGUAUCAAUUGAUUGAUAAAUUGAAACAGCAUCUUGAGUCGACCGGGAAUGACACAGCGCAGUCGCAACAUCAUCAACACAUUGCUAUAUUUCGAAAACUCAUGCGACUAUCCAAGGAAUCACCAAUUCAAAAGAAAUGGGAUCAAGGUGGCAACAGUGAACAAGGUGCCGACGUAUGGGCAUCAGCUCAAAAGGAUGGUGGCAAUUUUGUCGAAUUGAUGCAGGUUGUACUUCGCAUUCUGACUUCUCCUUCCUUUCAAUGUUGUACUUUAUUCGUUUUAGAUCUCAUUCGUCAAUUGGCCAUGGCACAGACUGGCUUGAUGCGCUUUUAUGAAAUGAAAUUCGAUCGUCAUGGCAUGACCUUGGAAGCUCGUUUGGUUGAGCAACUGUUAGAAAAACGUGCUGACCCUGAUCCAACGAUUUGUACAGCGGCAGAAGAUUCAAUCGAAGCGGUGCUAGUUGACUUGGAACCUCAAACAGUAUUUGAUAUAUUUUUGGCAUAUCUGACACACCGACUAAUGAUCCUAAAACCACCUAUCGAGGAAGAGAAGGAUGAUAAUGAGAAGAAGAAAGAAAGAUAUGAUCCUAUUGGCUCUGCUUAUACGUUUUUGGGUCAAAGUGUAUCACAAGUAAACAACACAAUGUUUGUUGAAGAAUGGUUAACUCGUGGAGGAGUUGCAGUAUUUAUCAAGGGAUUAAACGACUCUCAGAUUCAAGUUAGGAAAUCAUGCGUUUAUGCCAUAGUUGAAUUUCAAGAAAUUCUCGGUGAUGAUUUGUAUUUAUUUUUGGGAGAUCUUCGUGAAGAUCAAUUGAAUCUAGUAAAGCAUUAUGUUAACAAAUCUUUGAAGAAAAAAGCAAGUCUUCGUCAACUUUGUGCAAAUGGCCAACUAAGAUAAUACCCAUACAAAAAAAAAAAAAAAAAAGAAAAUAA